AUGUUUUUGGGCUUGUGUACAUCUCAAAGUAGACUCUUUCAUGUGAGAGGCCUUCAUUUCGGUAGGAAAUUUGGUGCUGAAGAUAUCAUCUUUAAGGCUGUCAGCGUGAAUAUAAGGCAGAGAAAAUGGAAAUUCUUGGACCAGCUGUCGUCGAAACUGACAGAAUCCGUAGUUUCGCGUGUUUUUCGAGAGUUCCAGAGCUCCCCACAUUUGCUUUUAGAGUUUUAUCAAAGAAUUGGAGGACAAAAAUCUGUUUAUUGUUCGCUGGAAUCUUGCUGUAUUGUGGUUCGAGUGAUGGUGGACCGUAAAAACUACGAAGAUGCAUUGUGCUUGAUGAAGCAAUUGAUGAUAACCAAAGGCCACACGCCUCUGGAAAUCCUCGAAGCUCUGAUUCAUAGCCAUCACGAAAUGCCUUUUCCGAAUUGCUCUGUUUUUGAUACAUUGGUUAGAGCUUGUACACAAAUUGGGUCGACUAAUGGUGCAUAUGAGGUGAUCGAGAGAUUGAGAGGCGAAGACUGUUGGGUCUCGAUUCAUGCGUGGAACAAUUUCUUGAGCCACCUGUUGAAGACUGGCGAUGUUGGUCAUUUUUGGAUGAGAUAUCAAGAAAUGAUUUUUGACUCGUAUUACGAGAAUGUGAAUACGUUUAAUUUGAUAAUUCUCGCUCUGUGUAAAGAAUGUAAGUUCUCUGAAGCUUUUUCCGCGUUUUACAAGAUGUUGAAGAGGGGGAUUUUACCUAAUGUGGUCGGGUUCAAUAUGCUUGUUGAUGGAGCUUGUCGGGCGUAUGACCUUGAACUAGCCAUAAAGCUUGUCGAGAAAAUCGGGACUAUGUCAAUGGGGUACGUGAUGCCCAAUACAGUCACUUACAAUUGUCUCGUUAAUGGUUUUUGCAAGAAAGGAAAUCCAGAAAUAGCCGAAAAAAUUCUGGAUAAAAUGAUGGAGAUGGGUUUUCGCCCUAAUAUAAGGACUUAUGCGACUGUAGUCGAUGGGUACUCAAGAAGUGGGUGUAUCGAGCAUGCAUACAGGCUGUGUGAGAAAAUGGUUGAGAAAGGUUUUAGUCCAAACUCGGCCGUUUACAACUCGCUCAUACACCAACUUUAUUUGGAGGGAGAUGUUAGUGGGGCCUCGUUUUUAGUUUCGAACAUGGUGGAGAAUAACGUGCCUCCCGAUGAAGUCACGGAUUCGAUUAUCAUGAAAGGGUUGUGCAGAAACGGGCAAAUAGACGAGGCUUUGAGGAUUCACAAAUGGAUUUUGGAAAAGAAUCUCUCGAAAGAUGCUUUUUGUCAUAAUAUUCUUGUAAGUUACCUCUUGAGGAGUGGAGAUAUAUGUGGGACUAAUCAGAUUCUAUGCAGCAUGUUUGUUCGGGGGUUUGUUCCUGAUGUGAUCACUUACGGUACUUUGAUCGAGGGUUAUUGCAAGGCGAGUGGAGUGCAAAGUGCAGUUGAGAUAUAUAAUGAUAUGAUUGUUAAGGCCGAUAAAAAUCCAAACUUGGUGAUCUUGAACUCGAUUUUGGAUGGUUUUAGCAAGGAAAAAUCAAUGGAUUGUUCUGUAUUUUUGGUGGACGAGAUGAAAAGGUUGAAUAUUUACGAUGUCGUGACUUUUAACACCUUGUUGAGCGGCUACUGCAAUAGUGGGAAGAUUGAGGAGGCCUUUCGUUUGUUUACGAGUAUGAGAAAAUUCGGGUUUAUGGCGAACAAAGUCACUUAUAAUAUCAUGAUUAAUCUUUUCUGCAGAUUCGGAUUGUUUGAGCAUGCUAAGGAGCUUUUGAGUGUUAUGGUUUGUGGGGGCUUAUCUCCUGAUAAGGUUACCUACACGACUAUGUUGGCAAACGUGAGCAAGAUGUGCAGUUAUGAUGAAGUCGUUAAAAUGCACGAUUAUUUGGUUUUGGAGGGUGUGGUCCCUGACGAGCAGACGUAUGGAGCCAUUGUUAGUCCAGCUAUUGAGGGGAUUGAAGAACAGUGUGGGAUGAGCGAACGUGCAUGA